AUGGCUCCUAGACUGAACAACAAGAAUAUGAUUGUUGUUGCAGCUGUUCUAGUGCUGGAGAUGUGGGCUUGCUACGAGGCCACGCGAUUAGACGGCGGCGACGAGGAGAUGGUGAAAAGAUACGAGCAGUGGAUAGUUGAAUAUGGACGAGUGUAUGCAAACCAGACAGAAAAGAUGGAACGGUUCAGUAUAUUCAAAGACAAUGCGGAGUAUAUCGACUCUUUUAAUCGGGUCGAAAACCAGUCUUUCACCUUAGGAGUCAACCAAUUCGCGGAUUUAACUAAUGACGAGUUUCGAGAAAAAACGGCAUGCUUGAUGCCGGAGCCUUCCGGGACAACUCCAUUUAUGUACGAGAACGUGAGUGCUGGCUCCGAAGUGGACUGGGUGAAAAAGGGAGCUGUUACACCCGCCAAGAUUCAACUUGAUUGUGGAAGCUGUUGGGCAUUUUCUGCGGUGGCGGCAAUGGAGGGGAUCACCCAGAUAACCACCAAAAAACUAGUUUCAUUGUCGGAGCAACAACUGGUGGACUGCGACAAAGUCAGCGGCGGGUGCAACGGAGGGUACAUGAAUGCCGCAUUCAAGUACGUCGUCGGCAACAAAGGCAUAGCCACCGAAGCCACUUACCCGUACACCGGAAAGAAAGGAGUCUGCGACCCGAAAAGGGCAUCCGUAGUCGCCGCUAAGAUCGGCGGGUUCCAAACCGUCCCGCCCAGCAGCGAGGCGGCCCUCAUGAAAGCCGUGUCGAAGCAGCCCGUAUCCGUGGGCGUGGACGCCGGCGGGAAGGCAUUUCAGUUCUAUAAAGGCGGAGUUGUGAACACGGGGUGUACCACCAAACUUAACCACGGCGUGGUGGCGGUUGGGUACGGCGUUUUGCAGGGGAAAAAGUUUUGGCUGAUAAAGAACUCGUGGGGAGCGACUUGGGGAGACAAGGGGUAUAUAAGGUUGGCUAAGGAUAUUCCUGCUAAGGAAGGACUUUGUGGCAUUGCCCUUGGACCUUCUUUCCCAACUCCAGGAAAAUAA